AUGCAGACUCCGGGGGGAGAGGAAGGCGUGCGAAGUUGCACCAGCAGCAACGGCGAGGGGGGCAGCCGAUGCCGCUGGUGCGAUGAUGCGCACGGCAGCUCGGCGUCUUCUGACGACGGCCGGUCGUCCGGCGAGCAAGGCGACCCUCGCGAACUGGAUCUCGUUCGGUCAGCCGCACAGGCGAUGGUAUCGGUGUUCACAAGCCAUCCGUUAGCUCCAUUUGGGUCACCAACUGUCUCGGUCUUUUCGCCGCCGCAAACGUGUACAGGAGCGGAGAAGCGGACGCUCCUCCGAAUGCAUCAGCAGGCUCUCCUCGCUCUCUCUAGUCCAACAGCCUCGAUUUCGCCGCGGCCCCUUGCAUCGCUCCCCAGGUCGCCGCAGCGUCAACAAGGCUGCACAGGCAGACACGCUCAAGCCAAUCGCUGUCAUGGGAGGAUGCCUGCGAUCAGUAAACGCCCCAGUCGUGCGCAAAGGCGAACCCGAGGUGAGCGAGGCCCUCCAAGUCGACUACGCGAAAGCGCGAGCGGCAGCUGGUAUGAAAUCGAAUCCGACCAGGAGCAAACGCUCUGUCCAGCACGAACAAGGAGAAGCAGCGAGGCGCCUCGCACCCUGUCGGCGUUUGAACGGAAUGCAGACUCCUCGAUUUGGGGAGACAGCUGGGCGGCCAGGCCCUGUCUGCCCCAAGCGUGCAGGAGCUGCGGGGACAGCCCCUGCUCUUCGGCUGCGGCGCGGGCGCAGCUCCUCGAGGGCCCUUCUGCAGCGUCAUCCUCCGCCGCAGAGCUGUUUAUGUCCUGCAGCAGGUGUGGAUACAGUCACUCAGAGGGGAACGCCAGCGGCCCUUCAGGGAGCGACAGUCCUGCGUGCAGUCCGAGCUGCAGCACCAGCGUCACUGAGACAGCUCGGGGAGCAGGAACGGGACUAAACGCUCGUAAUUCAGGUGAUGAGGAAGGAAACCUGCGACCGAGUCGCGGGCGUGUCUCGCCUGUUCAAUCGGGUCGACGGAGGCCAGCAACCGACCGGGCCCCAAGGGCGCGCAGCCCCCGUCCGGCUCCUCGACCGCGUUCGCGGGGGCGCGCGAGGCCAGACUGGGUGACUCCGACGCAGGAGGUCGAUGCAGAAUAUGCAACGCCAUGUGAGACUCCACUGGAUGCGGACUGUGCAGGAGGGCCGGCUGCCGCCACAAACCUGAUUAACAUCUCGUCAGUGACCAGCUUUCCGGGCUCUCUGGAGAGCCGCCCUGAGGCAGAGACCCUGGUCAGCGAGCGCUGCCCCGUGCACUCUCGGGUGGAAUCUCUUCGUGGAGACGGCAGGCAUACCGGCUCGACGCCAGCCGCCGAGAAGGCGAUCGCGCCCAAGUCGCCGGCGACGGCGCGGACGAAGAUCGAGCGCACACAACCGAUGGAGCGGAACCCGUCGUUCUCCGGCACGCUCGCCCCCGCAAACACCGCGCCACCUCGACAGGGGUCGCCCGCGCCCCCGAUGGCUCUCCAGAUUGCCCCGCCCGCGCUGCACCUCGAACCCUAA